UGUUGGACGGUGAACGCGGCUUUUAAUUAAAUUGAAAAACACUUUCUCCCUUUAAUAAGUAGAUUUAAAAACUUUACGAGAAGCAAUUGAAAUCAUUUAAUAUUAGUACAUAUAACUGAUAACUUUAAAAAAUGUCCAUUAACUUGAGAACUGUUUAUGCCUUCGCCCGGGAAAUGUAUCCUAAGAAAUCGAAUGAACGCAUACAAUACGGCACAGCGGGAUUCCGUGGCAAUGCCGAUAAAUUGGAUAGUGUAAUGUUCCGUAUGGGUGUAUUGGCUACAUUGAGGUCACGCAUUUUGGGUGGUUCUGUUAUUGGUGUUAUGAUAACGGCUUCACACAAUCCUGAACCGGAUAAUGGUGUCAAGUUAAUUGAUCCCAAAGGUGAAAUGUUAGAUCCCAGCUGGGAGGUCAUAGCUACAGAACUCGUCAAUGUAACAGAUCAAGAGCUUGAAGAACAAGUUGCAAAAAUAAUAAAAGAAAAUAAUAUUGAUAUUGGGACAUCAUCGAAUGUAUUUGUAGGCAUGGACAAUCGUUACCAUAGCCCGAGAUUAUUAAAAGCCGUUGCCGAUGGCGUUAUAGCUUUGAAAGGUAAUGUCAAAGAAUAUGGUAUUGUGACCACUCCCAUGAUGCAUUAUUUCGUUGUUGCCGCCAAUACUAGAGGUGCAUAUGGUAUGCCGACCGAAGAAGCCUAUUACACGAAAUUAAUAAAGGCCUUCGAAUCGUUGAGAGGUGACAAACUAGAUAAUGGAAAUUAUAAAAAUCGUUUACUGUUUGAUGGUGCAAACGGUGUGGGUGCUCGCAAAAUGUUGCAAUUUAUUAAAAGAAUGAACAAAUCUCUGGAUGUGGAGGUCUUCAAUAAGGGCGAUGGUAAAAUAAAUCACGAAUGUGGUGCUGAUCAUGUAAAAGUUGGUCAAAAGGUACCCAUUGCUAUGCCCAUAGCUGAGCCUAAUACAAGGUGUGUCAGUGUAGAUGGAGAUGCCGAUAGAGUAAUGUAUUUCUUUACCGACGAACAGGGCGUUUUUCAUUUAUUAGACGGCGAUCGCAUUGCAACUCUGGUAGCUGAUUAUCUUAUGGAUUUAGUGAAACGUUGUGGUUUAGACAUUAAAUUGGGUUUAGUACAAACGGCUUAUGCUAAUGGUGCCUCUACAGACUAUAUUGUAAACAAAUUGAAAGUUCCAGUAGCAUGUGUACCAACUGGUGUUAAACACUUACACCACAAAGCCUUAGAAUUCGAUAUUGGUGUUUAUUUUGAAGCCAAUGGCCAUGGCACCAUUAUUUUCAGUGAACCAACUAAGAAAUUAAUUGCGAAUGCCGCAGAAGCAGGCAAUGCAGACGCCAAAAUAUUUUUACUAGUAAUUGAUUUGAUUAAUGAAACUGUGGGAGACGCCAUAUCCGACAUGCUGUUGGUGGAAACUAUACUUAAUCACAAGGGCUGGGAUGUUAAGGAUUGGUUGGGCUGUUAUGAAGAUUUACCAAAUUUGCAACUCAAAAUUAAAGUCCAAGAUCGUAAUGUAAUAACAACCACUGAUGCUGAAAGAACUUGUGUCACUCCCAUUGGUUUACAGGAUGCCUUAAAUGAAACUGUAGCCAACUACAAGAGAGGUCGUGCUUUUGUUCGCCCUUCGGGAACUGAGGACGUAGUAAGAGUAUAUGCAGAGGCAUCGACAAAAGAGGAAUGUGAAAAUCUUGCGUAUGAUAUUGGUAUUUUAGUGCAUAAAAUGGCUGGAGGCGUAGGACCUGAACUUGCUCAUCCAAAUAAUUCCGUUAAAGCUCAUUUCUAAAUGUGUUCUUAAUGUACAUAUUAUCUUUUUAUCAAUCUUAUUUAAGAAAAGUAUGUACUACUAUUUUUGAAGUGGAAAAAUAAGAAGAAAACUUGCCUGCCUUUAAAAGUAGUAUAAUGGUUAUUAAUUAAGACGACCAAGUUUAAAUCUCAUAUCUUUUUUUAUAUACUCAAUAGAAACAAAUUAUUUUUAAAUUUGUAUGUAUUUUGCUUAAUGUUUUUUGUAAUAUUACUUUGUGUGCUGUAUUAUUUACGAUUAUUAUGCAUAGAUAGAUAUUAUUAAUGAAAAGUUUAAUAAAUAUUUGAUUCUGAGACAGAAAACAAGUUAAAA